AUGUCUACUCAUGGACAUCGUGCAUCAUCAAUAUCGAAUGUACCAUCGUCUUCUUCUGUUGUACAAAUAGCAUUUGAACAAAAUCCAACUCCACAUCAUUGUGGUUAUUGUAAAACAGAUGGAAGUUGUUCAGCAGGUAUUGUUGCUUCAAAGAUGUUUGUUGAUGAUUAUCUACUAUUGAUGGAUCGUGGUUGGAGAAAAUGUGGCACGUAUUAUUAUAAAUCAUUGAUGGAUAAAACAUGUUGUCCACUUUAUACAAUACGCUGUGAUGCAAAUAAUUUUGAAAUAUCUCGUUCACAACGACAAGUUAUACAAAAUAUGAAUCGAUUUAUUAAUGACAAUAUAAAACCCGGUGAAUCUGACAAAAUAUCAUCUAAAUCUCAGACUUCUGCUAGUUCAACUCUUCCUACAUCGAACAAAUCAAAAAAAACGAAAUCAACUAGUAUUCAAUCGAAAUCUACAACAAAUAAAUCGAACAAUAAAAUAAAGCUUAACGAAUGGAUCAACACACAACCAAAGACAAAUGCUAUUCAAUUAAUUUGUCAUAUGUUAACAAAUGAUACACCACCACCUGAUGAACUUCUUAAUCGAUUACGAUCUCGUCAAAAACGUUGGUAUAAAAAAUUAGUUAAACUUAAAACACAAAAUAAACUUUCAUUCGAAACCGAUAUUCAUUUAUUAAUCAAACGAUUUAAUAGAAUGAAAACCAAUUUAAUUCAAUCACUUGAACAAAUGUUACAAUUUAAUGAACAAUCAAAAAAUAAAUUUGAAUGUCGUUUACUUCGUUCAUAUCCACCAAGUGAAGAAUUUACACGUACAUUAAAAGAAUCUCAUUUAAUUUAUGAACGUUAUCAAAUGGCAAUUCAUGGAGAUACUAAAUCAGAAUGUUCAUUUUCACAAUAUAAACGUUUUCUUUGUCAAUCAACUUUAGAAAAAGAUUGUUCACGAAUACCAUCAUCAAAAAUUCCUUCAUGCGGUUAUGGAUCUUUUCAUUUACAAUAUUAUCUUAAUAAUAAAAUUAUUGCAUGCAGUGUUAUUGAUAUUCUUCCUCAAGGUAUAUCAUCGGUGUAUUUUUAUUAUGAACCUGAUUUUGGUUUUCUUAAACUUGGAGUUUAUUCAGCACUAAAAGAAAUUGAAUUGACACGACAAUUGGCACGUGAAAUACCUGAUAUAAAAUAUUAUUAUCUUGGUUUUUAUGUGCAUACAUGUGUAAAAAUGCGUUACAAAGGUCAAUACAAACCAUCAUUUCUUCUCUGUCCUGAAACAUAUACUUGGCAUCGUAUUGAAAAAUGUAUACCAUUAUUAAAUACUCAUAGAUAUGUUCGAUUUGAAUCAGAUCCAACUAAAGUUGAUGACAAUGAAGAAACUAAUAUUGAACAACUUAAAUUACGUGUUAAUGGUCGAUUAAUAACACCACUACAAUUGCAAGCAUUAAAUGAAAAUUACUUUUAUUAUUUCUUAGAAAUUUUAACAACUUUCGCUAAAUUUGCCGGACGAAUAUGUGCCAACCGUAUGAUAAUUGAUUUAAAUUGA